AUGAGUGCCCUCAUAUUUUUGUGCGCGAUUCUAAUUGGUUUUGUGAUUUAUUCACUUAUCAGUUCGGUGCGGCGUCCCAAGAAUUUUCCCCCAGGACCUCGUUUUCUGCCAUGGCUGGGGAACUCUUUACAGUUCCGCAAGGAAGCCCGUGCCGUUGGCGGCCAGCACAUCCUGUUCGAGCGGUGGGCGAAGUACUUCCGGAGUGACCUGGUUGGCCUGAAACUGGGCAGCGAGUACGUGGUGGUGGCUUCCGGCCACGAGAUGGUCAAGGAGGUGCAGCUGCAGGAGGUGUUCGAGGGACGGCCCGACAACUUCUUCCUGCGCCUCCGGACCAUGGGAACCCGGAAGGGAAUCACCUGCACGGAUGGCCAGCUUUGGUACGAGCACCGCCACUUCGCCAUGAAGCAGAUGCGCCACGUGGGCUAUGGACGCAGCCAGAUGGAGCAGCACAUCGAACUGGAGGCGGAGGAGCUGCUGGGCCAACUGGAGGGCACGGAGGAGCAGCCAAUCGAGCCGGUCACCUGGCUGGCGCAGAGUGUGCUCAAUGUGCUGUGGUGUCUGAUAGCCGGCAAGCGGAUCGCCAGCCAGGAGGAUGGCACGCUGCGUCGUCUGCUCGACCUGAUGAACCGGCGCUCCAAGCUCUUCGACAUCUGUGGCGGUCUGCUGGCCCAGUUUCCCUGGCUGCGCCACAUCGCCCCCGAUCGCACGGGCUACAAUCUCAUCCAGCAACUGAAUACGGAGCUGUACGGCUUCUUCAUGGACACCAUCGAGGAGCACCGACGGCAGCUGGCCAAGGAUCCGUCGCAGGCGGAGAGCGAUCUGGUUUUCGCCUACCUCCAGGAGAUGAAGGAUCGAAGUGCCGGCGGCGAGAGCAGCGGCAGCUUCAACGAGACGCAGCUGGUGAUGACCAUCCUGGAUUUCUUCAUUGCCGGUUCCCAGACCACCAGCAACACCAUCAAUCUGGCUUUAAUGGUCCUGGCCAUGCGGCCCGAUGUCCAGGAGAAGCUCUUCGCCGAGGUGACCGCCAGUGUGGCUGCAGCCAGCUCGGAUGCAUUCCCUCACCUGAGCCGGCGAGAGUCCUUCGACUACAUGGAUGCCUUCAUCAUGGAGGUGCAGCGCUUCUUUCACAUCACACCCAUCACGGGUCCACGGCGGGCUUUGUGGGCCACCAAGCUGGGUGGCUACGACAUUCCCCAGAAUGCCACCAUUCUGAUCAGCCUGCGUUCCGUGCAUUUGGAUAAGGAGCACUGGAAGGAUCCCUUGGAGUUCCGGCCGGAGAGGUUCAUCGAUCCGGCUGGCAAGUGCUUCAAGGACGAGUACUUCAUGCCCUUCGGAAUGGGCAGACGUCGUUGCCUGGGCGAUGCCCUUGCCCGCGCCUGUAUUUUCUCGUUUCUGGUGCGGAUCGUGCAGCAUUUUAGCAUCGUCCUGCCGGCGGGCGAGACUCCAUCGAUGGUACUUCUCCCAGGGAUCACGCUCACUCCAAAACCUUACAAGGUGCAGUUCGUUAAGCGCAACUAA